AGUCAGCCGACUUCUCUUCCAGAACCCAUUUCUGAAAUCUCUUGAAUAGCUGCUUUGUCGCGACCCCAAUUCGCCGGAAUACCCUCCCUCUCCUUUACCUUUUCACAGGUCUAAAGUUGGUCGAGGAGUCAAAGCCUCGAUCACAAACAGUCGACAAGACGUUUUCCAAUCUUCUAAACUCGAUUCACCACCCGUUCGCCGGAGCCCGCUGCUCUGCCUCUGGAGGGUUAGCGGACUCGAUCUUUGCCAAAUAAAGAUCGAAUAUAGAGAAAAAGAACCCGUACAACCCUUCAACUAGACCAACUCUCUCCCGCGCCGCGCCCCAUAGUCGCAAUGGCACCGCACGCGGAAGUUAGCACGGGCUCCUCGAACGGGAAUGGCUAUGCCCAACGCCAGACGGCGUCCCCUGGUGCUGCUCGGAGCACCUUCGUCGUCAACUCCCCCAACGUCACCUACACGGACUCGGAAAUCCGUUCCAAGUACACCUACCGCACCACCAGCGUUGAGACCGACGCCAAUGGCAACUUUGUGGCGACUCCCAAGGAGACGCUCUACGACUUCAAGGUCGACCGCAAGGUUCCCAAGGUCGGCAUGAUGCUGGUGGGCUGGGGCGGAAACAAUGGUACCACUGUUACCGCCGGUAUCAUUGCCAACCGCCGCAACCUCACCUGGGACACCAAGGAGGGCGUCCAGGAGGCCAACUACUACGGCUCCGUCGUCAUGAGCUCCACCGUCAAGCUCGGAGCCGACGCCAAGACCAACAAGGAGAUCAACAUCCCCUUCCACAGCUUGCUGCCCAUGGUCCACCCCAACGACCUCGUCAUUGGUGGCUGGGACAUCAGCUCGCUCAACCUGGCCGAGGCCAUGGAUCGGGCCAAGGUCCUUGAGCCUGCUCUCAAGUCCCUUGUCCGGAAGGAGAUGGCGGAGAUGACCCCCCUCCCCUCCAUCUACUACCCCGACUUCAUUGCCGCCAACCAGGAGGACCGCGCCGACAACCUCAUUGAGGGCUCCAAGGCUUCAAUGGCUCACGUUGAGCAGAUCCGAAAGGACAUUCGUGACUUCAAGGCUAACAAUGGCCUCGAUAAGGUCAUCGUCCUCUGGACUGCCAACACCGAGCGAUACGCCGACAUCAUUGACGGAGUCAACGACACCGCUGAUAACCUUCUCAAGGCUAUCGAGCAGGGUCACGAGGAGGUCUCUCCCUCCACCGUCUUUGCCGUUGCGUGUAUCCUGGAGAACGCCCCCUUCAUCAACGGCUCUCCCCAGAACACCUUCGUCCCCGGUGCCAUUGAGCUUGCUGAGAAGCACAAUGCCUACAUUGGCGGUGACGACUUCAAGUCUGGUCAGACCAAGAUGAAGUCGGCUCUGGUGGACUUCCUCAUCAAUGCCGGUAUCAAGUUGACCUCGAUUGCCAGCUACAACCACCUGGGCAACAACGACGGCAAGAACUUGAGCUCCCAGAAGCAGUUCCGCUCCAAGGAGAUCUCCAAGUCCAACGUGGUGGAUGACAUGGUCGAGGCCAACAGCAUCCUGUACAAGAAGGGUGAACACCCCGAUCACUGCGUUGUCAUCAAGUACAUGCCCGCUGUCGGCGACAACAAGCGGGCGCUUGACGAGUACUACGCUGAGAUCUUCCUCGGUGGUCACCAAACCAUUUCGCUGUUCAAUAUCUGCGAGGACUCUCUCCUGGCCUCGCCUCUGAUCAUUGACCUUGUCGUGGUGGCUGAGAUGAUGACCCGUAUCCAGUGGAAGGCUGCCUCCAACGAUGGCCACGAGACUGCCGAGUUCAAGCACUUCCACAGUGUCUUGAGCGUCCUGAGCUACAUGCUCAAGGCUCCUCUGACUCCUCCGGGAACGCCCGUUGUGAAUGCUCUGGCCAAGCAGCGCGCGGCUUUGACCAACAUCUUCCGUGCCUGCGUCGGCCUGGAGCCCGAGUCCGAGAUGACCCUGGAGCACAAGCUCUUCUAGGCCAAUCUCCAGACUCCCAACUCCAGAACAAAAGGCCCGUGGGGGCUAGUUGCCCGAGGAGGAGGAACAUCAUCGGCACAUUGGACAGUCAUUACCGGAUACUUAGAUAGCCCUUAAAACGGCAGAAUUGGGCCGCAAGCUGAUACUGCAUAGCUGACAAUUGAAUCAAGCUCUUUCGCCACC